GUCUGUACGGCUGGUUUACGAUCCGCGAGUUCCAACAAAUGAAAAGUAGUAGUUUGUUCACGGGAAUUGUGUUUGCGACGUAUUAACUAUAUUAAACGUUUAAUACUUUAUCGCAAUUUGGAAGAAGCAGUGGAUGUGUGAAGGCACGGCGAUGCCCGAAGUCUUUACUGUCUUUGGUAGCUAACAAACUAUCCAAACAAACGACUGAAUUCAAGAUUUUAAGUUGCCAAACCCUUUUACCGGUCUGUCAACUCUGGCGCCAGCACUGGAGACUCAAGACCCCCAGGAGGAGGAAAUCAUCCCUGACAAAUGUCACAUCUUGACACUUCACAAGACCUCUGAUCCAAUGAACUCAUGGGAAAUCUUUCCAGAGAGAGCACUACACCAACGCAUACAACAAUGAAAGGUGGACCUCGGAAAACAAGAAAAAGGAAACCUAAGAAGACACCAACAGACAAUGUCGCCUCAGACACUGUUUCAUCUCAAGCUACAGAGGAAUCAAAUGCUGUGCCAAGCAGUGAUUUUGACUCUGUCAGCCAGUCCUCUGCGAGUUCCUUACCAAGUACUCCAAAAAGAGGCAGGGGGCAAACAGAACAGACAGAAGAAGCCUGCCUGACCUCCACACCAGUCCACAGCUCCUCCACUGACAUCCUGUCCAACAUCUCAAAGUCCCCUCCUGGAGCAACACAAGUGGAGCUAGAAUACACUGAACUCAUCACUCAGUUAAAGACAUCAGAGGUAGAUUCCCCAUGCUGCAAAUCAAAAUCUCAAAGCAGACGUGGGAGGGGUCAUGCUUCCCAGCCAAGACAAGUUAGAAAAAGGCAGGCAAAGAAGCAAACGCAGACCUGCAGUAAAACCACCGGCCCACCAGCCAAGGGCCGGCGUGGCAGGACACAGAAGAUCGAAACAGGUGAUUCACAGCGGGAUACCACUACUCAGUCAUCCAAACGCUCAAGACCAAGAUUUGAACUGGAGAAGCCUGAUGCAGCAGAGCAAGACGAGUCUUUGCUGUCUUCCGAUCUAUCAAUAGAGCUGAGUCACCAUGAGGAACAGCUGCCGUCUUUGUCCUUCCAGGAAGAUGAGAAAAGUGAUGAUGAGGAGGAUGACCUACCAAGUUUCUUGAUGCAGGUGGACAAAAAGCCCCCAUCCAUUACAGAAGGAGUGUUUGUGUGGCACAAAUUUAGAAAUUAUCCAUUCUGGCCUGCAUUGGUAAAAAGUGUGAACCGUAAACAGAAAAAAGCCAGCAUCAUGUUCAUUGAUGACCCAAUGACUCGCAAAAAGAAAGGGUUUACUGUGGCUCUGAAAGCCCUGAAGCCUUUUGACUGUGAAGAAGCUAAUGAGCUGGUGUGUAAAGCCAAAGAAAAGUAUGAUGCUGCAAUUGAGUGGUCCUUGGAGCUCAUAACAGACUACAGAAUACGGCUUGCGUGUGGCUCAUUUUGUGGCUCCUUCAUCGAGUACUUUGCUCAUGACAUGAGCUAUCCAGUGAGGAGGAAGUACCCGCAGGCAGCCUCAGAGAGACUAAUCAUCGCCAGUGACACCAUGAUGGAUACGCCGUGUGAUGAUCAUAAGGAGGACAGCUUUAGUGAACAGCAGGAGGAGGUCAACAGGAGUUCAAAGAGGCUGCUGCCAGACCGGACUCAUGCCGCCCACAACCGCGCUAAUGAGAAGCUUGUACAUUUCAUCGUAAAGCAGCGCAUGGUGGAAGCACGCCUUCUGGCUGUGAUCCGUGGGCAGCAGCAGUCCAGAUGGCUUCGCGCCUUUCUGAGUGCCAAUCGGAGACGGGUGGUGAACAUAUACCUGGAAGAUGACCAGCAGUUGGACCAGGUCUACUGGUACCUAAAUGAGCUCUACGCAACAGCCGUGGCCACCGCCCCUUGCCUGGCUCAGGUGAAAUCCAUGGAGCGUGUCCCCUUUGUCCUGGAUGUGCUUCUUCCUGAGGCCAUCAUCUAUGCCAUAGCUGGGGUGGACAAUGUCUCAGUAAAAAAGGCAGAAGAGAAGUACCUAAAAGGCCGAUGUAUAAGUAACAGGGAAAGACAGGAGUUUGACUUGAUGAUUGAGCGGCAGAUGAGGAAAAAAUCACAGCCUCAGAACACUGCACUUGCAUUAUUCUCUGACCCCAUCAGUUAGAAGACAAGUAUUGUAAAAAAGGAAACUAUUUUUGUAUUGAGUUUUUUUUCUCCAAAUGUUUUGUUUAUAGAUAAUGUAGCAGUGUGUGCCUUACAAUCAAUGAUAAAACAUUUCAUGUUAA